UCCAGAAACACACUGACUGCUCCCUAUCAUCCACUUGCUGCCAUAGAGAAGAUGGUGUCAUGCCGUGCCUUGUGGGUCUUGGCCCUCCUGGGUCUUGCCAUAGCUGUCUGCAGCAUCAGUGCAACUCCACAUCCAAACCUUCAUCUCAGGCAGCGAAAUGGGGCUAUGGGAAUGGGAGCACAGGAAUCACCCAAGUACUCUCUGGAUGACCUGCUGUCUCAGCUGGCUCAGCCUGAGAGAGACGUCCUGGAGUACGAUGAACAGGACGAGGUCCGGCUUGAGCUGGAGAGAUCCCUGGAGUUAGAGAACGACCCCAGCAAGGGUCUGCCCCCCCGAGAACGCAAAGCAGGCUGCAGACACUUCUACUGGAAAACAUUUACCUCAUGUUAAACAUUAAAGAAAAAAAGAACUUCUCUUAUCCCUUGUUUUAGGUUUAAAUUCUCCUGACAUGAAGUCCACAAUGUAACAAACUUGUGAAU